CGGAGUGCGACGAAAUUCAUGCAUGCGAUGUAGCUAGAAAUGGUGGAAAUUACUGUUAUUAUCAAUCCUGCCACAUGAUGAGCGGAGGAAUAUAGAUAUAAAAGGACCGAGAAUAGCCUUCGAUUUACUAUCCCUUCGCAGGUACAAAAGUUCCAACGUUCAUCUUAAAGGUUACACAGAUAUAUAUCUAAGCCUUUAAAAAAUAUUUCCUCAAAAUGAGUAACUAUCCACCCGCAGGCACUCCUUUCAAGUCCGUCGGCUUUUCUGAAUAUUGCGUGUUCAACGGCCGUGAGUUCAGGCGCAAAAGGGGGACACAACAAUGGAUCGAAUCCGAGGAACUCGAAGGCAACUUGCCUACACUAGACCGUGCACUACGCCUCUCGCUUGUCCAGGAGAAUCAAGCCGACGACGAACCCCAGCAUUGGUCACUCUUUGUCGCCCGCGAAAACGAACCCGGCCCAGUUUACCAAGUCAAAGGAGAUGCUGAAUGCAUGAGUUAUCAACCUUCACCCGGUCCAACUAACAUCCUCCAGUCGGCGUCUUUCUCAAAUGCAUACAACCUUGCCGUCGUCACGGACGCCCAGGCGCUCAUUGUAAAACAGGUGGCCGAGAACGAACCCCCUCCGAGAGCAGUAAAUCGACAGGCUGUUGUGGAAAAUUGUCAAGGCUGGACCAUCCGAGUGAUUGCUAAACUUGUGGCCAGAGGUAUUGUGGACAGUGCUAAGCUUGAGAUGGCUAGGUCCAUGGUCCAACCAAUCUGAGGACGCUGAUGGGAGAUCCCUAUUUCUAUUGUGGUGAUUCUGGGGUUUGUCUUCAUCCAUGGGGUUGGGGGUUGAUUUUUGUAUUGCAAGUAUCCGUGAGCCCUUUUUUUUAGGUCAGAACAUGACUGGACUUCUAGUUGUGGAGCAAAUGUAUUAAUCCCAUUAGUGUCUGGAGGGUGAAUCAAUGGUCGAUAUUGUUAGAUAUAGGGUACAAGAAACGUGUGCCUCACUGUGGUCUUUUGGUAUCUGAUGACCUGGUCGAGGCACUCCGGGUUUAAAGGCCUCCAAUCGAACUCGGCGGCGAUCCAUAUAUUCAGUUCCGCCCGGCAUAUUAACUUAGCCAACAUUUAGCCAGCUACCUUGUUGAUGAAUUGGGCGAUACAGCCAUCGAUCGGGCUAAGUUUCAACGGGCAUGUGGAAACGGCCAAGGUGAUUGCUGAUCAUGGGAAUUGAUGCCGGCAGCACUCUCCGGGGGACGGGGGGCGUCUGGAGCAUCCUUCAUUAUACUGCCGAUGUAUUACGGGUAACUCUGAGCUCCCGGCUUACGUAUAAGUUUUGCUAUCUAUGAUAUUGUUUGCUAAAUACCUACAUCUCUCUUCAGUAAUCCAUCCCCGGUCGCUGCACACUUUCAUCUCCUAUACCUCGAUGCCGUCGCAACCCCUGGCCUGGCCGAUCGUACAUCAAGCGCAUUUUCUGUAGCUCGUCAAUGGCGGUACAAGCAGUAAAAAGUAGGAACCCUGAACUGAUGUACAUAUUAUGUGAUAUGGGAUUCAACUCAGAAAUGAGCUCAAGUCUAGGUAGUCCCGUCCAUAGUACUCCAAUAUAACUAGUAUUUGAGUGCAUCACUAGUAAAUAGACAAGGCAGAGACACAGAACGAUCCAGAAGACUAUGAAUAGAGGAAGCUCUAGUGUCUGGUAGGAUGGCAUUUCUUGUAAGAAUAGCUAGAUUUCUAAGAAAAGGGCGGGAACACCUGUAUUUAUAGCCGUACGCUGCAUAGCUGUCUUAGAGUUGGAACCCCGAACUGGCAUGCGCUUGAAGUAUGUGUGUUAUAUUUCUUCUGUUUCCACUAACUACCAACAAGCUUUCCUUGCUAUGUGGAUGGGAGGAGACCAAUACCUUGAGGAGCUGGAUGUUGAAUCGCCGUUAAUUUAUUGACUGUCGAUUCAUACAUAGGGGUGUAGGAAGCCGAGCUACGCGUGGUACAUUGGGUUCAGAGUUUUGUUUCUCGUGAACAUCUAGGAUCCUACUUUCCGCUUUUGAGAACUAUGCUGCAAUUUCUCUCGAGUCUUCUUCUAUCGACACGCAUAGUCCACAGGUAGCUAACCUUGCAAGGUCCUACUUAAGAUCAGUAACGCAUGUCCAGUGGAUUUAUCUGCGGGGAACGGCGGAUUUCAUUUGUUUGAAUGAACAGAAGAGUCUCCGAGGUCCAACGAGGUCUCUGAUUGACCAACCACAUAAACAUAACCUCAUGAAAGUGGGUGUGCAAUCAGAACUUCUACGGAUUCUGACAGGUUGGAUAUGGGGACUGACACCUUUGAAGCGGCCGUCUAUGAGAGAAGCAGCUAUCUCAAUCCCCAAGCCAUGAGUCAGAAGUGAGAGAACAGUAAGAAUAUUACUGCUGAGCCCCGUAAUUGGCGAGCCCACCAAUGCUCAUAAUCUACCUUUCGUCGCGGCUAGAUGUUGGAAGUGCCAGAGUUACAUACAGGGUUAAAACUGAGCUGUCAAACGGACAUCUAUAAACCCUUCACAUGGCCAGGAUGAUCCCACCUUAAGGAUUGACAUUUAUGGUACAGCGGCAAAAAUCCCCUCAAUUCUUCUAGCCCGAGCGGACUACGCAAGAGAAUCCAUCACCGGGGGGCUUAUUCGACUCUAUUAUUACUCAAGCACGCGGACACAGUACAACAGACGGCGCUCGAACCCAGUGACCUCCGCGUCCAACUGCCCAACACCUCGGGAUUAUGGAUAUCUUGCAGAAACUGAAUGAAAAUGGGAUUGUUCGGUGCCCUAGUAUCGGCGAAUUCCAACAGGAAUGUUUUGCAAUUGGGAAUCAUCAUCUCCAGAGUGUGCACCAUUAGAUCGAGCCUUCUGUAGCCUGUGUUGGCCGAGUUUAGUUGGGCGGAGGAGCGCUGACCGAACAGGGCUGCGUUAUGAGCAAAACAGGAACGGAAUUACUAGGACUAGGGAAGGAGAGAGGAGAACGGAGAACGGAGACGGCUGUGUUCCGUAUAUGGAAAAGGCCUGGUGCCACUGAAGGAUGCGGUGGAAGGGAUUACAGACACGAUCAUGUUAGUAUGAUUGAGUAUAUUUUCUGUGUCACUUCCACCGAAUAAUCGCCUUUCCUGGUACUAAUUGAAAAUGAUCAACCAUUCAUCUCUCCAAUCGUUUGUGAAAGUUUGAUUUUAAAAAUAUUUUUUUAUAGUUAUGAAGCUAUUUUACUUUGAAAACUUUCUUGUUUGAAGUUUGAAAAUA